AGUUCCAAAACUUCCCAGCCGGACUCUACUGCCGUGACGCAUGCGUGACAUCAUAGGCAUUCACCCAGUCACAAUUGUUUAGGCAAAGCUAGUGCACCGUGGAACUACUCGGUGCUCUGCAUACUGCUUGUACUUUUCCGCCUGCACAGCACCUAUCGGGAAGCACAGUCACCUGUACGGUCCACAUACCCUUCUACCACAGGUUGGUGAAGGGUUUUAACGUUUUCAGUUUUAUCAGCGAUUUUAAAUCGGCAGAUAGAGGACGACAAAAAGAAAAGACGCGGCUCUCCUGAAUUAACUUCGUUUUUAAAAGAAGACCGGGUGUUGAGCACACGGGAUUGUUUUCUUGUUUUUAUAAUAAAGUCUCACGUUUAAUUCGGUCGUAGUGAGAUCUGCUCGGCAAUUUUUAAAAGGACCACUGAAUCAUGGCGAAGGACAGGAACGAAUGCUUCAGCAACUGUCUACUCGUUUUAGCGGCUAUCCUGACUAUCCAAGGAGCGGUGUCCCAGAAGGUGAAGGUGCAGCCGGAGGUGGUGUCCUACCCCGGGGAGACGGUGAACCUGCGCUGCUCCUUCCUGGAUCACGGAGGCAUCCAGCUGACUCAGGUGUCCUGGAUCUGGGAGCCCAAGGACGGCGCCCGGGACAACAUCGCGGUCUUUCACCCUCAGUUCGGGGCCAGCUACCCCGCCUCGCCCCUGACGGGCCGGGUCACCUUCCCCAACCCGUCCCUGGAAAACCCGUCCAUCGAGAUCAAGGACGUGAAGAUGACGGACGAGGGCACCUACGUGUGCGAGUACGCCACCUACCCCAGCGGCAACGAGCAGGGCGAGACCGUGCUGGUCAUGCUCGCCAAGCCCAAGAACACGGCCUCCAUCGUCACGGUGACGGCGGGCCAGAAGCCGGUGGUGGUGGCGCGCUGCGAGUCGGCCAACGGCAAGCCGCCGGCCACGAUAAAGUGGGUGUCGGUCGUCAACGGCAACGGGACGGUGGUCUCCGCGCCGGGCACGGACAACACGGUGACGGUGUCCAGCGAGUACCGGCUGGUCCCCACGCCCGCCGACAACGGCAAGGACCUGAGCUGCGUGGUGACGCACCGGACGCAGGACAAGCCGCAGAGCCUGCCGCUGAAGCUGGCCAUCGAGUACCCCCCCCAGGUCACCGUCGUCGGGUACGACAACAACUGGUACGUGGGCCGCGCCGACGUGUCGCUGACCUGCCAGGCCACCGGCAACCCCGUCCCGGAAUCGGUCGACUGGAAAGUUCUGUCGGGGCAGAUGCCUGAGACCGUGCAGCGCAAGGGGAACAAGCUGGUGGUGCUGAAGGUGGAUGAUCGGGUGAACACCACCUUCGUGUGUGAGGUGAAGAACCGGCUGGGCGUGGGCAAGGACCAGGUCACCGUCGUGGUCAGAGAGCCGAUAAAGAACAGCUCCAACGUCGGCGUGGUGGCGGGCGCCAUCAUCGGCAGCCUCCUGGCCCUCCUGCUGGUCGCCGCGCUGAUCGCCUUCCUGGUGACGCGCAGCCGCCGCCGGCAGCAGGGCUACCGGGGCAACGCCAACCAGGGCAGCUACGACAUCAAGACGCGCAUCUUCGGCGGCAAGAAGGCCAGCAAGAACGGCGCCGGGGGCAACGGCAGCGGCCCCGCCUACGCCUACCGCGAGAGCGACUCGGAGACGCUGACGGAGAAGUCCAACAACCUGCGGCGCGACGGCGGCGGCGUGGCCAACGCCGCGCCCUCCGCCCACGACAUCCUGCUGAGCAACGACCUGGACGAGUCGGAGCGCCGCAAGUUCGACGGGCUGGAGGACGGCGAGGAGGACGAGGACGAGCGCUACGACCAGUUCCGCGGGAGCGGGCCCAUCCUGCAGCUCCGCCCCCCCGAGGAGGAGGCCGGCGGUUACCUGGACGACGACAUGGAGUCGCAGCGGGACGGCUCCGUCAUCUCCCGGACGGCCGUGUACGUCUAGAGAGAGAGGAGGGGGGGGGGGAGAGCGAGAGAGAGAGAUGGAGAAAGAGAUGGAGAAAGAAGGGGAUGGAACCGAGAGGAGAAGAAUUGUGGACGCGGAGGAGCGGAAAACGACGUUCUUCUGAACUUCUCCUUUUUUUUUUCGUUCAUUCUUCCUUCCCUUCAAGAAAUAAGUACCAGUUUUAUUUUGACAUAUGAGGAGAAGAGGACUUGCUGGAAAAGGAGGCAUCGGUGGAUGGAUGGAUGGACGGACGGUGCGAUGAGGAUGGGUGGAGCUCGGAAUAGACUGAGAGCUGUCAAUCAUUGGCUCUGGGUAACUGGGAACUGGGAAGCUUGUUGUUCGACUUAAAAAUCCAAAAACCCUGAAAUCACGACGAUCUUUGCUCAAGCUGCUUCCUGCUUCCAUCGACAUUAGAGAUUUUAAACGUUUUAAACGCUGGGAGUGCGACAGACACUUUUAAGAGAGCUCGACGUCUUCAAGGAAACGCGUGCUCCUCCAAAAGCGAUGUUUUCAUGGAAAUGGUUGCCGUGACGGGGAGAUGCCCGCGAUCACACAACGCUCACCGCUACCGCUAGUCGUCACGGAAACGCACACUGUAAUUGCAUUACCGGUCUCAUUCGAGCGCUUGUAUCUGCAGAUCCUAGCCUUGCUGUGGUAGACUUUAAAUAAUGUCUUCUUUCUGGGUUUGAAUCAAACUUUUCUUUUGCUGUUUUUAUUUUAGUGUGGUGAGAGGCGAGGUUAGGGUAAAUAGUUUUAGAUGUGAAAUUAGGGUGCUGCACUGUCGGACUUUCCGUGUGAUGUAAAUGGCCUUGUUCUGAGGCCGCUGCAGGGCCUGUUCUCUCAGGGGUACUGGGCGUGCAGGCCUGGGGCAGAUCAGAGCAUGUCCACACUGUGUUCAGAUGGGCUCCGGGGUCAUGAACGGGCCAGGCAUUCAGUGGGCGGGAAGAACCCCAAACCGCCACCCCCUCGUCUGGCCUGGAGCCUGCGCUUCCCACACACGCA